GCAACAAUCAACUCAUAUAUUUCGCAUUUAUUCCGGCGGUUACGUAAGGUUGGGGGGUCUUUUAAUGUUUCUAUUCCAAAACCAAACAACGUAUCUUUACUCGUAGAGAUCAGGCAAAUGAAACCGCACAACUAUAAAAACUACAAAUCCGAGCACGCCAUUUAAUUUGACGUUAGGCUCUUACCUAUGUGCUGUCGGCCCCGCAAUAUUACGUUUUCGGCGGAGGGAUCGAAGCUUCAGGACAGAAGAGAGGAGAGAAGCAGAGAUAGAGAAAUUGAUGCGGACAGAAAGUACGGGGACGUGGGAACAUUUCAAACGAUCUGCUUUUGUGCAGACAAAUGAAAAAUAAUUGGAAUUACAAAAGUAAAGUGGCUACAUAACUGACAGAGGAGACUACUGUUUUAUUCCGAAGAGGGGUAAAAAAUGUCGUCUCCGAGUCCGGGUAAAAGGCGAAUGGAUACCGACGUGGUGAAACUGAUCGAGAGCAAACAUGAAGUCACGAUCCUGAGUGGACUCAACGAAUUUGUAGUAAAGUUUUAUGGACCACAAGGAACUCCGUAUGAAGGGGGCGUGUGGAAGGUGCGCGUAGAUCUACCGGACAAAUACCCUUUCAAAUCUCCGUCUAUAGGAUUCAUGAAUAAAAUCUUUCAUCCCAACAUUGAUGAAGCGUCAGGAACGGUGUGUCUAGAUGUAAUCAACCAGACGUGGACGGCGUUGUACGAUCUUACCAAUAUUUUUGAGUCGUUCCUGCCUCAGUUGCUGGCGUACCCCAAUCCCAUAGACCCCCUGAACGGAGACGCUGCGGCCAUGUACCUCCACCGGCCUGAGGAGUACAAACAGAAGAUUAAAGAGUACAUCCAGAAAUAUGCAACGGAGGAGGCGCUGAAGGAGCAGGAGGAGGGCGCCGGUGACUCCUCCUCGGAGAGCUCCAUGUCGGAUUUUUCGGAAGACGAGGCGCAGGAUAUGGAGUUGUAGUGAAACGAGGAGGCCCUUGACCCAGAGACAAUACGACUUUCCUAACCCACGAGAAGCAGACUAUAAUAUUCAUAUUUAAACAAGGCGAUUUUUUAUUACUAAAAAAAAAAGAAAAAGAAAAAAAAAAGGAUUUUUAUGGAUAUAGCGUUUGGUGUGUAUCUCAUCCCUCUGUCCUGUGUGAUCUUCACCACCAGUUCUCAGCCCAAGGCCCAUUUCCACUGUUCAUGCGGUAGCUGUGUAGCUUGGAUGCAUGUGACCACUCCCCCUCCCCCCCCCUCCCCGGUCUGAGCCCACUUGUGACUGGACUCUACAACAAAAUAUGGGCUUUUGUUUGCAGGGCCAAGGAGAGGCACGUCAGUUCUCUUUGUGCCCUAGCUCACCCUAGGAAAAUCAAGGAUUUUAUUGGCAAGUCAUGAUACAGCUACGGUCCAAAGUUUCAGUUUCCCCUCCUAAUUAAGCAAUUCACAUGGCCUGGAUAUGUGAAACACUUGUGUGGCAGGUUCACUGAUUAAUACUGUCUUGCACUUGGCAAUUAUCAUCAUUAUUUUUAAACUGCUGUUAGUGGGGUUCUUGGUCAUGAAUUUCAUGACACGACGGGUGUACUUAAAGCUAUAAAAGAGAGAGGUGGCAGCUCUAACAACCCUGUUUCUAUCACACCUGUCUGCUUUCCUGAGAAUGGAACUGAAAUCUGGCCACGGUUCCUUUGGGUUUACCUACCGGCACACCUUUAGUUAGUUUGUUUUAUUAAGUUACAAAAACGUUAAGAGCCACAACCACCAUCAACACAGAAUCUUCUCUAGUAAAUAUUAAAACGCCCUCUCCCCCCUCCCAUUGAAGUAAUUUAAUUUGAAUGAAAACAUACAGCAGUUCCAGAUAAUGUACCGCUGACAGCAGAAUAAGUGUAUUUUGGAUAGCACACACUGCACUGCACGCUGCCACCAAAUAUUGGGGGUGUUGAGCCCUGCCCUUUUACCAUGUGACACGUCCCCUUCAACGUCAGGGGAGGAGCGGCCAUGGAACAUGGGAUACCAGCACCCGUGGGUUUCCACAAGGUUUUAAAAAAAAAAGAGGAAUGGUCAACAGGCCCCUGAUGACAGAGCAAACGCGCUCACCGGAACGGAAUUGGGAAACCGAAGACGAGCCAGCUGAAUCUGUCCUUAUUCUUUUCUGUAAUUAUUAUUCAUAUUUUUUUUUUUGUCUCUGCCAGUUUUUAACAUCGAGGGCUUCUAUCUGACACUGCAUUAUGUUACAGAAAUGGCGUGGCACAAAUUUUUGAAGUAUGGUACAAAUCGAGAUACUCACACUUGUUUCUCUGGAGGCUUUCUGUAUACGAAGGCUAUUGUUUCAGACAGGAAGUGUAGGCUGUGUACUUACUCUUCACUAGUGGGUGGGGGUGCAGGUCCUAAUCCAACUUGCCUCUGGCUUGUGCUACACCAGUGGUAAGUAACCAAACCUGUUCCUAGAGAUCUAUCGUCCUGUAGGUUUUCACUCCGACCCUAACAAAGCCGCACCUCACUCAACAGCUAGAGAUUUCGUUGAGCUGCUAAUUAGUAGAAUCGGGUGCGCCAAAUUAGGGUUGAAAUGAAAACCUACAGGUUGGUAGACCACCAGAAACAGGGCUGGUUACCACUGUGCUACACUAUAGUAAGUGUUCCGCUCGUGUAGGGGUAGCUGCAUUUACUGGACCGUGAAUACAACUGAAAAUAUAUUGUUUCUAUAACGCAUAGAGAUGGCUUGUGUGACCUAUUUUUGUGCAAAUGAAAAGGUAACUUCAUUAGAUUUGACUUGAUCUAUUCUAUGAUUUCCAAAAACAUAUAUAUCCAAAGACUCCAAAAGCAUGCCCUGUGUAUGUUCCCUCAUGCAAAACUCCUCAUGAGUUGUAAAGAUUCUGCUCUCUAUUAGUGGACGCAGGUUUGAACAUCAGUGUGCUGGAUUUAUACCCUUAUAAGACUUCAACAUUGGAUUGAGUUUGAAUGCUGAGGCCUGAAGUUAUACCCACUUGAUUUGAUCAAUAACAAA